AUGUCAGAGCGGACGCCGACGGUGAUACGCAGGCCACACAAGAAGGCCAGAACCGGCUGCACACUCUGCAAGAAGCGCCGCGUCAAGGUCAGUAGAAAUGAAUCAAAGACGGCGGGUAGCCAAGUGAGAAUCCUAAUGGAUCGGCAGUGUGGAGAAGAGAAGCCGCAAUGCACGAAUUGCCGCAUCCACAGCGCCACGUGCGUUUAUGAGGUGGUCAAGUCACGCCGCUCAUCGCCGAAAGCCCCGGCGCCGGGGCCGGCCACCCCGAGCAGCCAGGGGGAUUUUCCUCUGUAUACCCUGGAACACAUGGAGUUACUACACCAUUACACCGCAUCGACGGCCCUGACAUUAUCCUCUACUGCAGAGGUGAGAGAGGUGUGGCAGAAUCGCGUUCCCCGGCUCGCACUGCAUGCAGAUUAUGUGCUGCAUGCGUUGUUGGCCCUAUCCGCGCUUCAUCUUGCCCAAAUACGACCAGAAUCUAGGCAAUCUUACUGGGCCACGGGCGUUCACUUAUAUCAAGAAGCACUUGGCAAGGCUCAAGCGGAAAUGGAGCAUGUUACUGCGAAGAAUUGCACGGAGCUCUACAUAUUCUCGACAAUGACGUGCUUCUACUCCUUGGCUCAGAACUGCGAGCUCGCAAGACGUUUGGACCAAGGGGAGAACGUUGAUGACGAGGAGAUGGACCUUCUCAGCUGGGUCUUUCUUCUUCGAGGCAACAGGGCACUGAUUCUGCCGCCUCAUGGAAUAGUCCUACACACAGGAGUGCUAGCGCCUAUGUUCGAGGCAGGUGGAAAACGCGCUACCAAGCUCCGGGCUUACUCUACACCUGAUAAAGGAUCUAUCAUGGAAGAGCUGUGCGAUAUAGUCCCCGAUGACGCAGAACAGGCGAUUUACAGAGAUGCCGUCCAGCAUCUUCAGCAGGCGUUCCAUGCCGUCUAUAAUCAACCAGGCGGGGACAUCCAGACAACAGAACUUUUUGUCUGGGUUUUUGAGGUAUCAGAUGAGUACAUGGAAAGGCUCAAAAGAGAAGAAGGGCCUGCCCUGGCCAUCUUCAUCUGCUACUCGCUUCUCGUGGGUAACUUCAAGGGGAGAUGGUGGUCAGAGGGGUGGGGCGAGUGGGUAUCGGGCCGCUUACGUGCCAGACUGCUCGAUGGAGAGCGGAAAUUUUCAGACAAGCUUAUGGAGUUGCUCGCUGGAGCGAAUGACGACAGACUCGAUGCUGCAUGA